UAUCUACGUGAGAUGUGACGUGAUAUACGAGCGGGGAGAGGUAUAUUUCGUUUCUCUCUCAUAUAUCUCGCUACAUGUCGUCGAUGGGAGAGAGUGAACCGGAGUCGACGCCGAUCACGACGAUAACGGGGAUACCGGAGUUCAGGCGGUGUUUCUUCGAAUUGACACGGUGCGUGCGCGCGUUAAAUCGUGUCCCCCCUCCCUCUCUACUCUCAUCUUGUCUCUCUCCCUUCCAUCCCCCUCCCUCCCUCCCUCCCUCGCUCCCACUAUGUCGAUCCUCUCCCGACAUGGCUAAGACAUACCGUUACUCACGCGUCUCUCCUACUAUCCAUUGAUGCCUCCGCCGCCGCGUAACUCGUGCGUGAUCCUCUACGUGCAUCCCGCAUCGCGCGCGUGCAAGGACGCGGGUCUUCAUCUCCGUGUGAUCAGAGGGACGAGGCAUCACGCCGCUCAUCCCGAAGGACCAUCACGCUGGAAGGUUAGGAUUCGCGUAAAUGAAAGACGUUAGAUGAGGAAGUUUGCAAGACCGCCCGAAUUACAGACUCGCCAGAAUGGUGGGUAGCAUGCCCAGCGGAUGGAUGAGGAGAGUUCUCCUCUUCCUCGUCCUGAUGACCGGAGUCCUGCUGAUCGCCAUGUAUGCUCAUGCUCCGCCGCUCGCAUCGCUGCAGCCGUUUGCGACUCGUCGAAGACUAGAGGACUUGCAACGCGGCUUGGUUAAUUACCUGGUGGGUAAUGAAACCACCAUCGGACCCGAGGAACGGCUUUACGAGUAUCUGGAAGAGUCUAGGACGUUUCAAAGUCCGUGGUCCUGGGCAUGUGUAGCAAAUCGAUGCGAGAGGCGAGCAGUAAGAUCCUCGAGGACGUCCUUGGCGACCUGCACCGCGCAUUGUGGAGGGAACGCUCGUCUAUUGUGGCCCAGACCGACUGGGAAUGUCGUCCUCGGCGAUGACAGUGUCAUCCUGCAUCUUCAGCAAAUCGAAUUCGUCACUAUCGAUACGAAUGACCAAGAAACGAAGGAUCUGUUGGAGCAAGCGAAGGAUGUCUUCAUUGGGAACAUCAGAAGUCUGAUCAAAGUAUUGAACGCCAAAAGUCGAUCCGGUAUCGAUACAUUCAUCAUAUAUCUGAGCGCUGAUAACGCACGGGGCACCACUCUAUCUCUGGACACCGACGAAUCAUACAAGCUGGAAGUUGCAUCGAAAGGGAAGAUCCUGGAGGCCAGAAUCACGGGAAAAAGUUAUUUCGGGCUGCGACACGGUCUCGAGACUCUCAGUCAAUUGAUCUGGUGGGACGAGGCCGCUGGCAAGCAGGGUGCUCUUCGUGUUCUUACACGAGCUUCUAUCGAGGACAAACCCAUAUUCCCUUAUCGCGGCCUCCUAGUCGACACCGGCAGGCAAUUUUUCUCCGUCGAGGAGCUGAAGAGAGUGAUCGACGGUAUGGCAGCUACGAAGCUUAAUACCUUUCACUGGCAUCUUACUGACUCUCAGAGUUUUCCCUUCGAUUCGGCACAAUUUCCGGAGAUGGCGAGAUGGGGCGCUUACAGCGGCGAUCAGAUUUACACACCCGAUGACGUGAAGGAUCUGACCGAUUACGCGAGGAUACGUGGUGUCAGAAUCAUCAUCGAGAUCGAUUCUCCGGCUCAUGCUGGCGCUGGGUGGCAAUGGGGUGCGGAACAUGGUUUCGGUGAGUUGGCAUUAUGCGUGGAUCAACAGCCGUGGUCGUCAUAUUGUGGCGAGCCGAAUUGCGGCCAGUUGAAUCCUAUAAACGAACACACGUAUCGAAUACUCGAGGGUCUGUACCGGGAGCUGUUGGACCUCACCGAGGUGCGCGAUGUGGUGCAUCUCGGUGGCGAUGAGGUAAACCUCGAAUGUUGGGCACAGUACGGCAACAUCACUUUGGCUAUGCAGGCGCAGAACAUGACAGAUCAUCAUGCUCUGUGGGCGGAAUUCGAGACGAAGAUGUUGCAACGAUUGAUCCGGGCGAAUCACGAUAAAGUGCCGAAAGCAGUGAUUAUAUGGAGCUCGCCAUUGACCAAAAGACCAUACAUCAUGAUGUACUUCGAUCCGAAGAUCCAUGUCAUCCAAUCCUGGGGUGGUAGCAAUUGGCCGGAAACACCGGACUUACUGGAGGACGGCUUUCGCGUAAUCCUUUCGCAUGUAGACGCAUGGUAUCUGGACUGCGGCUUUGGCAGGUGGCGAGAGAGCGGUGAAGCCGCGUGCGGCGAAUAUCGUACCUGGCAAACCGUCUACAAUCAUCGUCCGUGGAAGGAUUAUCCACCACAGCAGCUGCCUCUGGUGCUCGGCGGCGAAGCGGCGAUCUGGAACGAGCAAACUGGACAAUCAUCCUUGGGACCUCGACUAUGGCCCAGGGCGUCAGCGUUUGCUGAACGACUAUGGAGUGACUUACCGACGAAUAGUUAUUCCACGGAUGAAAAUGUUUACACCAGAUUGGCCAUGCACAUCGAAAUUCUGAAUAGCAGAGGCAUCAAGACGGAGUCCAUGUGGCCGUAUUGGUGUUCCCAGAACCCCGGUAAAUGUCUCUGACCUCUGAUCGUUAGAAAUUCGCGAACUAUCAAUCAGUCGUCCCGCGAGUGCUGUACCUGCAGUACUGAUAAUCGUAUGAAACUGGGACACCGUAAGAAAAGACGAUGUCUACCACAAGCCUUGUCGAAAUCGAUUUCGUCCGACGCGCAAUUACAUCGCGUAUUCGUGAUUCACGAAAUUUCUCGAUAACCUGUCGACAUACUUGACAAUCGUUCCUGCUCGAUAAAUCAUCCAAUUUAUCGAAUAAUGAUAUUCAUCAUUCGCGAGAUGCGACAAACGUCAAAGAAAUACGAGACAAUUUCGAAGACAGUAU